UCUGCGCUACGUCAGCACUCAGACUGAAACAUGGCGGUCCCCAUAGCAAAGUGCCUGGCAGCUCGUGUCUGUUUAUUACUAAUAUCAUUAAUAUUUCAAUCCGUUAUCGCCGACAACAACGCCGGUGACGUGCCGCAUCGGCGCUUUGAGUAUAAAUACAGUUUUAAAGGGCCUCAUUUGACACAGAGUGAUGGACGAAUCCCAUUCUGGGUUCAUACUGGGAAUGCCAUUCCAAGCUCGGAUCAAGUCCGCAUCACUCCCUCUCUGCGGAGCCAAAAGGGUUCAGUGUGGACAAAAUCACCUGUGCAUUUUGAAAACUGGGAAGCUGAAGUGGCAUUCCGUGUGUCCGGACGAGGCCGGAUGGGAGCAGAUGGAUUGGCCAUAUGGUUCACAACCAGUCAAGGUCUCGAUGGUCCUGUGUACGGGGCUGCGGAUCAAUGGAACGGUGUGGGAAUUUUCUUUGACUCAUUUGAUAAUGAUGGAAAGAAAAAUAACCCUGCUGUCAUAGUGGUGGGUAACAAUGGAAAACUUGUUUAUGACCAUCAAAAUGAUGGCACAACUCAGUCUCUGGGUACCUGCCUUAGAGACUUCAGAAACAAACCCUACCCUGUACGCGCCAAAAUCACCUACUACAAGCAAACAUUAUCGGUAUACAUCAAUAAUGGCUUCACUCCUGAUAAAGAGGACUAUGAGUACUGCACCAAAGUUGAAAACAUGAUCCUUCCUGAAACUGGAUUUUUUGGCAUAUCUGCAGCUACUGGAGGAUUGGCAGAUGACCAUGAUGUGCUGUCAUUUUUGGUGUUCAGGCUAACCGAGCCCGGGCAGAAUCUGCCUCCCCCAGAAAAAGAGAUUCCCAAAGAGGAGAAGGACAAGUACCAGGAAGAAUUUGAGAAUUUCCAACAAGAGCUGGACAAAAGGAAAGAGGAGUUUCAGAAAGAGCACCCUGAUGUCCAGGGGCAGCCCAUUGAUGACCUGUUUGAAAGCGUGAACGAUCGAGAGAUCCGUCAAGUUUUUGAAGGUCAGAACCGGAUCCACCUGGAAAUCAAGCAGUUAAACAGGCAACUGGCCAUGAUUCUGGACGAACAGCGGCGUUACGUGUCGCUCAUCACAGAGGAGAUGACCAAACGUGGGGUGAACGCACAGUCAGGACAGGCUCCCACCCAUGAAAUGGACACUAUUAUAACCACACAACAGGAGGUUUUGAGGAAUAUUAAUGAAAUAAGGAACUCAUUGUCAGGCUCGCUAAAGCAGUUAGCAGCGGGUCAGCAGCAGGGUCACGCCGGCGGCCUCGGCUCGUACGAGGCGGUGCAGCACUUCAAUGAAAUCAAGGAACAUUUGCAUGGGGUCAAGAGGAACAUCGAGCACAUAAUUCAGAAAAAUGCGAAUCCUGCAGAGAUGGUAAAAUGUCCUGAACUUCCUCCAUUACCAAACUGCCUGUCCUUCACACACUUCCUGGUCUUCAUCGUCAUUCAGUCCCUCCUUUUCUUCGGCUACAUUAUGUACAAGAGUCAGCAGGAAGCAGCAGCUAAGAAGUUUUUUUGAUGACGUUUAGCUCUUGGUAAACACAGCACAUAUGUAAAUGAGAAACUGUCCAUUAGUGUUAAUUUCCAGUUUGUUUGUAUUCUUGUUUGCAAACUAUAAAUUAUUGUACUUGAAAACUGAAGCAUUUCGUUUGAGGAUUUCUCUUUUCUUUUUAAUUCCAGAUUUUUAAUUUGAUCAGAGCUGUACAGGGAUUGAAUGGCUGAAGUGUGUGUGACAGUUUUGACUGAAUAUUGCUGAAUAUGAUGUAAUAUAUUCCUUAGAAGAUUGACAUAUUUACAUUUUUGAAUAACAGUCCAGGUGUCAUUUCAAGAACUCAAUCACUGUCCGAAGAACGUUCUGAACUGUGGUAAAAGAUGCAAUAGGAUAAAGAAUUUGAUCACAUUUCCUUUGGUGUGAACGCUGUUUGUCCUCCAAAAGUGUUAGAGCCUAAAUGUACUGGUGGUCGCAAGCACCCAAAGGUUGUGAAUGUGUAUUUUGAAUCUUCAAAAGAUGGAAAAAAAAUGGUUUUUUUCUCAAACAAUUUACAUAAAAGACAAAUCAAAU